CAAUUUGGUAAUUUUUAGAUUCUUUGUGAAUCCUAUUCUGGAGUUUGGUUCAGCAAAAAUUUUGGGAUUACAAUUUCCCAAAAGUAGCUACAGUUGGGGUUUUUUAUAGAAACCCAAAUCGGAAGCAAGGCGUCGGAUUUGGGCGAGAUUUCUGACACCAAGCUUCAGGGCCGAUUCCUAAUCCUAUUUCAGGAAUUCGAUCCCAAGAUCUGGAAUCGCUGUUCGCUUCCCCUCAUCGCCCUCCUCUUCGCGCCUCCUCUCUCGCGCUUCGUCUGCUUCUACCUUGGGUCGUGGCUGUUACUCGAAACCCUAGCUUUGUUUUUGAACGAGCUUGCUGGUGGGUUUCUUGCCUUCGAUAACUGGUGAUCCCUUCUCGAUCUUGUUCUGCUUCGACUGUGAUUGUUGGCUACGGUGUUUUGAUUGAUCUCGGUGGGUUUUUUGCUUGGACGUCGGCAUUUUGGAACUUCAUCAGCUAGAUGAAUAUGGAAGAUGAGGAAGAAUUGAAGAGGAUGUGUGCUAAUACAGCUGUCUGCGCCGUGGUCACUUUGGUAACAUGUAUUUUGAGAAUGCGUGCUAAGCGCAAGAGAAUAUCAAAUUGUUCGAAGCAAGAAAGGAUCAGAAAAAUAUAUUGUAGAGAGGCUCACUUCAGACGUGUACUGGAGGGCUAUCAAGAUAGCUGCCAAUCUUAUAUUAGAAUGAGACCGAGGGCCUUUUUUAAACUUGUUGAAGUAAUGAAAGCAAACGGGUUAUUAAAAGAUACGAGACACGUUCAAGUUGAAGAACAACUUGCUAUGUUCCUGAGUAUUGUUGGGCACAAAACUAAAAAUAGAAUAAUAAGAACUGAGUUCAUAAGAUCAGGGGAAACAGUUAGCAGGUAUUUCAAUAAAGUCUUGCAAGCAAUGAAUGGAUUACGUGAUCGGUACAUGAAGCAAGCCCCAAAAGAAGUUCCCGAGGAGAUUGCAAACAACUCAAAUUAUUUUCCGUACUUUAAGGACUGCAUUGGUUUGAUAGAUGGCACACACGUCGACGCGGUGUUACCUAGUGACCUAGUUGCACGGUUUAGAGGGCGAAAAGGGGUCACCCAAAACAUCUUAGCAGCCUGCACCCCCACUUAUUUCUCCAGUGAUUUGAGGAAUUAA